UGCAACACCAGAUGAAAGAAGAAAAGAACAGGAGAACAAAACCAACCUUAGCCUAAAACUGAACGUGGAAGAAAGUAAACGGUUCCUGGAAAAGAACCAAGCAGAUACGUUCUCAGGAAUCCUUCAGUACUUGGACAAAUCUGUUAAGGAGGCAGAACAGAUCAUAGAAUGCUAUGCAUUUUUACUAACAAACACUGUUAAUGAGAGACAUGUAAAAACAAAAAUCAAUUACAUUAUGUCCAACAUUGUCCUUUACCAUCUAAAAGAAAAAUCAAAACACGUGAAGAAGUACCAAGACCUCUGUGCUCUGCUUCAAGAAGUUCUCCAGGACGUAGGACUUCAACACCCCUUCCCAGAUCCUUAUUUUUUGGCUCUGCUGUUAUUCUGGCCAAGCCCUACAGAAGAAAACACUGAUAUAGCUAAAUAUGUUGUUGCAAUUCGAAAGUCUUCCCACAAGCAUCUGUCCAAGUUAUUUCAAAAGAGGAGUACCAUCGCCCACUUCUACUUGGGCAAAGAUGGAGGCCUGAAGAGGCUGGUUUCAAAACCUUCGCUGGACGAGGGUUUCCUGGAGAAGAUGGAACGAGAUGUUUUAGCCCAACUCUGGUGGAAUGGAGAAAUAUUUAAGGAAGAAGCCAUCAUGAGCCGUCUUUACAGGGUUAGGGGGACCAUUGAACAAGGAGAGGUGUAUGCCAACUAUGGCAAACAGAAGAUCCCAGUGCGUCCAGCUCGCCUCAGGGGAAUCAGAAGUGGUUUCAGUACUGAAAAGGUCUCUUUCUACAUUGGGUUUGCCAUUAAUGGACCGCUUGCAUAUGAUAUCAAGUAUGAAAACUAGAAACAAGCCCAAUAUGACCCAUGAAUCUGCAAACGGAACCUGGAUAAGCAGCAAAACGUCAAAGCUCACUGAUAUUGUUAUGGAAUUCCUGCAUUAUGAUUUAUUCUUCAGUGUGAGAGUCGUUAAAGACAGAUGUUGAUAGAAAGGCAGCUAAAGAAAGAGGAGAAGGAACCUUUUUCUCCUCUCAUCAAUAAGAUCCACUACCAACAAGGGAGACAAAUGGACCAAGAGAUCUUUGUGAAAGCCUCUGCUAGGUUUGAGACAAGUGUAUCCAUCCCUCAGGCAUUGGCAAGAUAUCUGUACAUUAAUGUGCGAGACUUUGCAGAGGCCCUAAAAUGGGCAGAGAAAGCUAAGAACAUUGAAGGAAACCCCUACACUGUCGACACAAUUGGUGAAAUCCAUAAAAGCAAUCUGAAGUCUAACAUCGAGGCUAAAAAGCAGGAUAUAUCACAGAACCCAGAAGAUCUGUACAGAAACAUUGAAAUAGCCAAGAAUGGCUGGAAAGCUUUUCAAAGGGCUCAGGAACUGUCAGAUCUUGAAAUUGAAAGAGAGAAAGAAGCUGCUGACGAUGACUUGGAAGACUAUCCCAUGAAAUCCUACAACAUUAAGGGCUAUGUGAGUAUGCUGGAUAUCUCCUUCCUGGUCUUUGACAUUCUGAGCAGGUUACCUUUCUUUGAAAAACAAAAUCCAAUGAAAAAACACUACUUACGAAGUUUCCUGAACGGCUGUAUCUCAAUCAACACCGUCUACAGAGAAAACAGCACCGUCAACACCAGAUAUGUAGAGAUCAUCAGAGAACAUGAACCCUUCCUGGUUGGACUCAAACCUGAAGUCAAAGAGAUUUUUGAUUUCUUGAACUCGUACUUCACCUACAUUAAGGGGAACUCUGAACUGGACAGGGUGAAUCACAGAACAGUAAGUGAUCAUUUUAGGAAAUAUGUGAACCUUUUUUGUGCAACACCAGAUGAAAGAAGAAAAGAACAGGAGAACAAAACCAACCUUAGCCUAAAACUGAACGUGGAAGAAAGUAAACGGUUCCUGGAAAAGAACCAAGCAGAUACGUUCUCAGGAAUCCUUCAGUACUUGGACAAAUCUGUUAAGGAGGCAGAACAGAUCAUAGAAUGCUAUGCAUUUUUACUAACAAACACUGUUAAUGAGAGACAUGUAAAAACAAAAAUCAAUUACAUUAUGUCCAACAUUGUCCUUUACCAUCUAAAAGAAAAAUCAAAACACGUGAAGAAGUACCAAGACCUCUGUGCUCUGCUUCAAGAAGUUCUCCAGGACGUAGGACUUCAACACCCCUUCCCAGAUCCUUAUUUUUUGGCUCUGCUGUUAUUCUGGCCAAGCCCUACAGAAGAAAACACUGAUAUAGCUAAAUAUGUUGUUGCAAUUCGAAAGUCUUCCCACAAGCAUCUGUCCAAGUUAUUUCAAAAGAGGAGUACCAUCGCCCACUUCUACUUGGGCAAAGAUGGAGGCCUGAAGAGGCUGGUUUCAAAACCUUCGCUGGACGAGGGUUUCCUGGAGAAGAUGGAACGAGAUGUUUUAGCCCAACUCUGGUGGAAUGGAGAAAUAUUUAAGGAAGAAGCCAUCAUGAGCCGUCUUUACAGGGUUAGGGGGACCAUUGAACAAGGAGAGGUGUAUGCCAACUAUGGCAAACAGAAGAUCCCAGUGCGUCCAGCUCGCCUCAGGGGAAUCAGAAGUGGUUUCAGUACUGAAAAGGUCUCUUUCUACAUUGGGUUUGCCAUUAAUGGACCGCUUGCAUAUGAUAUCAAGUAUGAAAACUAGAAACAAGCCCAAUAUGACCCAUGAAUCUGCAAACGGAACCUGGAUAAGCAGCAAAACGUCAAAGCUCACUGAUAUUGUUAUGGAAUUCCUGCAUUAUGAUUUAUUCUUCAGUGUGAGAGUCGUUAAAGACAGAUGUUGAUAGAAAGGCAGCUAAAGAAAGAGGAGAAGGAACCUUUUUCUCCUCUCAUCAAUAAGAUCCACUACCAACAAGGGAGACAAAUGGACCAAGAGAUCUUUGUGAAAGCCUCUGCUAGGUUUGAGACAAGUGUAUCCAUCCCUCAGGCAUUGGCAAGAUAUCUGUACAUUAAUGUGUAGUUAAUUAAUCAUGGAGUUAAUGUUUAGUUGGACCUUUCUUCUAAAGAAGCUUCAUCUCUCAGCUAAUUACUCAUACAUUAAGACUGUAUUACUAAAAAGAAGACUUAUAGACAGAAUUUCAUAAUGUGGUCGACCAUAGGUCUGCGUUUUGGAACAUGGUCAGAGAGUAAGUGACUCAUAUUACUUCUGCUUUAACUGACCAGCUGUACAAAGUACCAUGGAUCAUUAUCUGGAGAAAUUAUAUUUCCAAAACCUUUCAAAAGUCAUUUUGAUAAUGUAAUAUUGUGUAAUAAAGGUG